UUCCUUGUCAAAAUUGUUAAAUUGUCAUCUAGACAGCUGGAAAAGUGAAAAUAUUAUUUUGUUUUACGGGUGCGACGUAAACGAGAAAGUUUCUCCAAAUUAUUUCAGUAAUCGGAAGAUUCAUAUACAGCUCACAAGUCACAGCUGGGAAAUAAAAGUGCGAGUGAGACGAAGACGAACCGGACGUGCUUGGCCGUUGAAUUUUGAUUUUUAGUUUCGACGCGCAGCCGUGGCGCGUACCCUGGCAGAGUGCAAGCCGCUUAAAUGGUUUAUCUUUUAGUUGUUGCAAUUUUUUGAAAGAAUUCCGAGGUGCAAGUGUGUUAAUAGUAAAUAUACAGCGACGGACGCUGCCGCUGAACUCACCCCUUUCCCGUGUCCCCGUUCGCCGGCUGUUCCUUUUUUUUUUUUUUUUAUUUGUGUGUGUGUGUACGCGCACUUUGUUCUUUUGCGCGCCGCUUUUUAAUUGAGCAAUUGACAAAAAAGAUAUUAAACAAAACGAUGCCCUGGCAAUGGAUGACGCAUGCAUGAGCGGGCCAGGCAUCAAUAGUUCACAAAAUUGACGGUUACAAACUAGAUAAUUCCGAAAAACUCCUUGGGUUUGUUUUUGACUGUGUGUCCGUUUUCGUGUGCGUGAAAUCUUUAUCGAAAUGGGAACUAUUGAGGAGCAAUCAAAAUGCGAGAUGUCCAUUACAACGCUGCCCCCACGGAUCUGCCUGGUGGGCAACGCUGGCCAGGACGCGGACACGCUGCUGGCAGCCAAAAGCUUCGGCCUGCCCGUUAUAACAUCAGACUCUGGUCUGGACACCGCCGACAACAAGAAAUGGCGGACCUUCUACGUGAUGGAGGACUUUGAGGGCGACACCUUUCAGACGCUGCACAAGCAGAAGGAAUGCAUUCUGGGCCCGCCCGCUUUGAAGUACGCGGCAGAGAUGAAGCAGACGCUGGGCCACAACUCGCGGCCCAUUUACAACUACGCGAUGCGCGGCGUCGUCACUUGCUUCACGGGCAUACGCAAGAAGGAUGAGCUGCUGAAACUGGUGCACCUCAUCCACUCCAUGAGCGGCUGCAUCAAGAAGGACAUGAACCCCAAGACAACACAUUUGAUUUGCAAACACAGCGGCGGCGUCAAGUACCAAUACGCCAAGACCUUCCGUUUGAGUGUCGUUCGCCCCGACUGGGUGUACGAUGCCUGGACGGAUCGCGACACCGUGCAGUUCGAUGCCACGCAGGACGUCUUCACCAAGAACCACCGCCUGAAGGUGUUCGAGGGCUAUAGGGUCUGCUUCUUAGGCUUCUCCGACGAGGAGCACCAGCACAUGGUCGACGUGCUGCUGGAGAACGGCGGCGUCUGUGUCGAACUGGGCGAUCCCGAGUGCUCGCAUGUUGUGAUUCCCAAUAUGGGCGCUGUACUUAAAAGAACUAAAUCUAGCACUGAUACUAACCCAAGCACAAGCACAAGCACAAGCACAGGCUUAGGCUCACUAACUAACCCUCAACCACAACCACAACCACAUCCACAUCCACAACCACAACCCACCCCCACAACAAGCGUCGGCGGGGAGCCACGCCCCCCCCAGACACCCACAUCAUCGCUAGGCAGCGCGCGGGCAGCAGGCGGGGCGGCAAACGAACACGAACCCAUGGAUGAGGCGAAGAUCGAUAGUGCAGGAGGAGUCGGAGGACGCAUGGAGCGGGCCCUGGAGCAGGCGCUCGAGGAGAAGGAGAACGAGCGGCAGCCCAAAGAGGACGAGGACGAGGACGAGGACGAAGACGAAGACGAGGACGAAGACGAGGACGAGGAGGACAUCUUCUCCGACGAGCGUCUCUUCGUGGAGACGGCACCUGUCCUGAACAAUGCUGGCGACGACCAGCUGCCAGAGUCCGACGAGGACGAAGAGCCUCAGCCGCAGCCGGACCCUGAGGAUGUCCAGGCCUGCACUCCGAAGACCAGCAAGCCGCGCAUCCGCCUCACCACGGCCAUGCCCACUCAGACGCGUAUCAGUAGUUCCACGACCAAAAAGGCGACGAUGGGAAUGGCGAAGGCGUUGGACUUUCAGAGCCGCACGCCCAACAUAUCCCCCAUCCUGAAGGCCAUCGACGAGUGUGACAUGGAGACGGAGCCAGCCACUGAGAAUGAUUUCAAGCGAAAGCGCAUCGACAGCCUGUCCCUGAUGUCGGCGGACUCGUGCGUCCUGCCGGCGAGCACCAAGAAGCCCAAGCUGACCCGUCACGGAUCCAUCUCGCGCACCCUCCGUCGCUCCGUGAGCUUCGUGGCCGAGCCGCUCAAGAAUGUGCUGCGGCCGCGGCGCAGCUCGAUUGCGGCGGCCGAUGCCUCCACCAUUCUGGGCAGCGAGGAGGCCGAGUGCUCCUACGGGACGCCGCAGCCCAUGGACAGCGGCUUCAAGACUCCGAAGCGGCCCAAGCAACGAUCCUCUGCCACGCCGAAGAACUCCAAGCGCCUCUUCGGCCCCAUCUCUGGUAACGCCCCCUCCCCCAGUCCCAGUCCCCAACUCCCCCUCAAUCCCACUGCAAAAGCCAGCUGCGAUACCAACGACACCUCAUACACAUUGACACCGUCAACCACAACGACAUCGUCAUCGAUCAUGGCUUUCUGUGCUGCUCCAGUCGUCGUCAACGCAUCAUCAUCGUCGUCCGCUGCUGCUGCUGCUGGACAUAGCGCGGUUCAAGAUAUUAAAGAAGAAGAUUCCCCCGAAGGGUCGACACGCGAGCCCAUGCAAAUGGUGGUGGACGAGCACACGACCGUCGCGAAGCCCGUCCCCAAGAGCUAUCGCACACACAUCCUGAAAUCAGACUGGUUCUGGUAUACCAUACAGAAUGGCUAUGCCAACGAGACGGACUAUCUGUUCGGAGACUAUCUGGAACGCAUUUCGAAUACCCCGAACACGGACCGUCGUGACUCGCUGCCCGUCAGCUUUAACAAGAGGAAACGCAAGCGUUUGUCGCAGCGCAUCCAGCUGGAUGACACGCCGCUGGGCUCGGGCAAGCGACGCUCCUCUGUGUCGGAUGCCGGCCUUCUGUCCGGCUCCAACAGCCUGUUCGACUGCACCACGAGUCCGGAAAAACUGCUGGACAGCGACGACAAGCCGCUGCUGCACUCCGAGCCGGAGCCCAUCGAUGUCACGCCCGUCAAGAGAUCCAUGCGCUUCAACCACUUCAUGGACUUCUUCACCACAGAAUCCAACUAUGUCGGCAUACUGGAUACCAUUUUGAAUCUCUUUAAGAACAAACUGGAGAAAAUGGCGGAGACGAAUGAUCCGCUGCUGAACAAGUCGGAGAUCAAAUCGGUGUUUGGCAACUUUCUGCCCAUCCACGAGGUGCACCAGAGCAUGCUGGAUCAUCUGCGGUUGCUGCAUGCCAACUGGCGCGAGGACUGCCUCAUCGGGGACAUCAUCAUCCGUCACCAGGAGGAGCUGAUCAAGGCGUAUCCGCCGUACGUGAACUUUUACGAGCAGACGAAGGAGCAGCUGCAGUACUGCGACCGCGUGUACCCCCGCUUCCAUGCGUUCCUCAAGAUCAACCAGACGAAGCCCGAGUGCGGCCGCCAGAGCCUGCAGGACCUGAUGAUCAGGCCCGUGCAGCGCCUGCCCAGCAUUAGUCUGCUGCUCAAGGACAUCCUGAAGCACACGGGCAGCAGCAAUGCGGACCACGAGAGACUGGAGGAGGCCCUGAAGUCCAUCAAGCAGGUGACGCUGCACAUCAACGAGGACAAGCGGCGCACCGAGUCGCGCAUGGCCAUCUUCGAUAUAUUCAACGAUAUCGAUGGUUGUCCGGCGCACCUCGUCAACUCCAACCGCAGCUUCAUCGCCAAGUGCGAGGUGAACGAGCUCUCCGACUCGUUGAGCGGGCGGGGAGACAGCCUCCUGCUGUACCUCUUCUCCGAUUCCAUCGAGCUGUGCAAGCGACGCUCGCGCAGCUUCAACACCGUCAAGUCCCCGGGCACCGGCAAGCCGCACAAGCACCUCAAGCUGCUAUCCCUCAACACGAUCCGCUUCGUGAUCGACAUCUCGGACAGCCCGCGCGCCUUCGGCCUGCUGCUGCGCGGCGAGAAGGAGAAGCUAUACACGUUCACCAUCAACGACGAGGACAAGAAAAGCUACAUAAAGAAGCUCUGCAACCAGAUAGCCGCCCACAUGUGCCGCACGGACGCGGACAACCUGCUGCUCUGCCACUCCUCCCAGGAGCUGGACGUGGACAUCAGCGAUGUGAAUGUCAGCACGCUGAGCAAGGCCUUCAGGCUGGCAGCCAAGACGCGCCUGAAGGUGGGUCGCGCCUUCUCCUUCAACAAGACCCCAAACAAGCUGAAACGAGCCGUUUCCACCAUGAUGACCUCGCCCUUUGGCAGCAGAAACUCCUUGACGCCCUCCUCCCAGCUGGCCCAGAUGCGUUUGGCAGCAAACAGCUGCAAAAAUAUUAGUGAAGUGCCCGAUGGAGACGAUUGCUCCAGCAUGAGAAGCAUCUCCCCAUCGACGCAGUCGGAAACGCUGGUGGUGCCCCCAAUGUCUGUGGAGCCCACGCGCAAGAACAAGGCCGGCGUGGGCGGCACCGUGGGCCGCAUUUAGAGUCUGGAUCGAGUCGGAGCGCCUCCCAAUAUCUCUCCCAAUUCCAUACCACACAACUCGAGGCAUCUUCGAAUUCGUAAUCUUACAGACAACAACAGAGAACACAUCAGAAACAGAAACAGACGCAGAAAUUAAUUGUAUCUUUUUUUUUUAAAUUUUUUUUUUUUCGUUUAAAUUGUUUAGAUCGUAGAACAUAUGUAUCGUUAAGUUUGUUGCUUGUCGAUGAGCAACAGAUGGCAAAUGUUGAAGCGUUUGCCGCCACUCACCAUCGACCAUCGAAUAUCGAAUAUCGAGUAUCGAAUAUGAUUAUGAUUAUGACCGAUUAUAUGAUCCAACUGUAAAUAGUUAUCCCUCCCUCUCUCUCUCUCUCUCUCGAGAAAGAGAGAGAUGCGUACAUGUAAACCCGUAAUCGUUUCAGUGUCACCACACAAUCGUAGAGUAGUGUCUGAAGAUCGAUCUCCGAUUUUCCAUCAAUUGAUCGACCGAUCGGUCGGCUUUAUUGCCACACGACACACUGCAACACACACUGCAACAAGCUGUGAAUGUUUACUGAGUAAAUUUUACAAAAAAAUAUUAGAUUUCAUAAUAAAACAAGAUUACUUUUACACAA